AUGAAUAUGAGUAAUAACCAAUCAGCUUAUUUAAUUACUACUGAUCAGACAUAUAAUCCAACCAAUCAAAUUCCGGUAACUUUUAAAAAUUCAUCACCAAUUAUUAAUCGUUCACAACCAGUUGGAUCAUCACAAUCUCAAUUAGCUGUACUAAUGAAUAAACUUAGUUAUACAAAUUCGCCUAAUUCACAAAUAUUAACAAAUUUAUGCACAAAUACAUCAACACCAGUUGGGACAUUAAAUUCUCAAUCUGAUAGUGGAGCUGGUUCAGGCAGUGGAAAAGUUUCUAUUGAUUCAUCAGAGAAUAGAAUAAAUUCAUCAAAAAAUGACUAUGUUAUUUAUAAUUUAUCAGGAAUGAAAGAAAAUUCAUCAGUUAAUAAAAAACAAUCAGCAUAA